CGUCGCGUCCAGAGUUUAGCCGUGUCGCAAGCCCCAUUGAAAUUCCCGAGAUCUGCGUGGGCGAACCCGAAGGAUAAAAGAGUGAUUUUGUGACUCGGAUAGUUACAUGACAGUGGUCGAACUUCCAGGUUGGAGAACUCAGUAAAGUGCCCUUGAAAAUGAGCGAAAGCGCCAGCUCCAACUGUUCCAAGGAGCGAGCCAAGCCGGUGGAAACCCUCGUCCUCGCCAACUAUGCCCUGAAAGCCGAGCAGAAGAAGGCCCAGGGACAGGGUGGCCGCAAGGAGGACGAGCGCAUCACCACCGCGGUGAUGAAGGUGCUCGAGGGCUACGACUGGAACCUGGUUCAGGCAUCGGCCAAGGCGCCCACCGACCGCAAGAAGGAGCACAUCAAGCGCCCCAUGAACGCCUUCAUGGUCUGGGCCCAGGCAGCCCGACGGGUCAUGUCCAAGCAGUAUCCGCAUCUGCAGAACUCGGAGCUGAGCAAAUCGCUGGGCAAGCUGUGGAAAAACCUAAAGGAUAGUGACAAGAAGCCCUUCAUGGAGUUCGCCGAGAAGCUCCGGAUGACGCACAAGCAGGAGCACCCGGACUACAAGUACCAGCCCCGGCGCAAAAAGGCGCGCACAGUGCCCAGCCAGCAGGCCGGAGAGGGGGGAUCGGGAUCCCCGGGACCAGAAAUGGCUUUGUCCGCCAAUCCGGGACACUCCGGGAAGCCGAGGAGCAGCAACCCAAAUGGCCAGCGGCGGGCUGGAAAAUCAAAUGCAGCUGGCCUGGCAGGCUGCCCCUCGACCCUCCCGAAUUCCAAUAUAGGCACGGGCUCCUCCUCGUCGGAUGUCUUCAGUAAUGAGGCCUUCAUGAAAUCCCUGAACAGUGCCUGUGCGGCCAGUUUGAUGGAGCAGGGACUCAUCGAGGCUGGAUUGGACUCGCCCUGCUCCACCACCAGCUCGCUGUCCUCCCUGACGCCCCCGGCCACGCCCUACAGUGGAGCCUCCUCGGGAGCGAAGUCCGCGGCAGCAGCAGCUGGGAAUAACCCCAGUCUCCUGCUGCGCCAGCUAAGCGAGCCAGUCGGCAAUGCUGGCCAUGAUUAUGGAGUGCUGCUCGAGGCUGGCCGGGAGUAUGUGGCCCUAGGUGAGGUCAACUACCAGGGGCAGGCGGCGGCGGUGGGCGGGGGCCAGGAAAUGGACUUCCUGGAGAGCAUGAAUGGGUAUGUGGGCGGCUAUGCGGCCAGUCGGGUGAACUACCCCGGCUACUCGUACCCCGCAAACGGGGGGCAGUUCGAGGAGCAGGCGGCGUCACAGGCCAGUGGAGCCUUAAAUUACAAGCCAACAGCAGCGGCGGCAGCCACCGACAUCGAUCCCAAGGAAAUUGACCAGUAUCUCAUGGAUCAAAUGCUGCCCAUGACGCAGCACCACCACCCGCUCCACCAGCAGCUGCACCACCACCCCCAUCCGCAGCCCCACACGCCGCUGCACCACUCGCCGCCUUUGAACUCCUCCGCCUCGCUCUCCUCGGCCUGCUCCAGCGCCAGCUCGCAGCAACCGGUGGUGGAGUACUACGACCACUUGGGCUACUCCCCGGCAGCCUCGAGCCAGCAGACCCCGAACUUUGGCCCCCAGCAAGCGUAUGCCAGUGCCUCCCUGACCCCCACGCUGGGUGACCCCGCUCCGCAGCAGCCGGAGCUGCAGUCCCAGCAGCAGGAGCAGCACCAGAAUCCAUCGCAGCAUCAUCUGUGGGGCACUUACACUUAUGUCAAUCCCUAAGCUACUUCAUUUGCACAUUUGUUGUCCGGCACUGCAAGAAAGGAGUGGUUACUCUGGUAUUCCCAUUUUGUACAGAAGUAUGUAAGAACUCUACAAUUAUUUGUGGCAAAACCUCUUAGUCCCCCUACUUAAUGUUUUCAAUGAGAAUAGCAUUGAAAUAACUACAUUUCAUACUGAUUCAAAACUGAACCCCAAAAAUAGCAAUUCAUUUUGCAUAUUCAAAAUUGUUAUUUUUAUUGUUUUUAAAGGUAAAUUAAUUUACUGAAAAUACUGUAAUCCUAACUCUUAUUAGGCCAUUCGAAUAUUUAAUUAAAUAUGUAUCCCAUAUCCAGUAGAGAAGAAACUUAGGGUUUGGUAUUAUACUAUUAUCCUACUUUGCGCUAGUAAGAAGGCAGGAUGAACUGCUAUUUUCCCAGUGUACCACCCCCUGCACUUCCGUUUCCUCCCCUCUUUACGGGUCACUUAGAUGGCUUUCGUUUAUUGGUUUAUUGUCUGUGCAAUGUCUGUGUGAGUGGGUGCCUGUGCAUGUGUGUGUUUUUGGCUCGAGGGUCUUUUUGAAGAUUCCCUGCAAUUUAAGCUAAUCGCUGCGAUUUCGUUUAUGGCUGCAUUAUUCCUCUCCCCAUCAAUAUGCAAUCCAGCAGGAAUCGAAGAAUAAGCAAUGGCCAUGCAAUCUAAAUGGAAAUGGCCGAAAACGUUUGUGAGAUGUCCAGAAUACCGAGUUCAUAGCUAAUUGGAAGCAAUAUAAACUAGUAGUUAUAUUUGUAAAUGUAAGAACGUAUUUCCUAGAAUUGGCAAAGAGAGUAUACGGAAAUGUACGAGCAAUAUUAUUAAAGUUAGUCGAAGUAAAUUAAACAAUAUAAU